GCCCCGUGGAUAGCACUAGACAAUUUGCGCUGGUCCGACUGAGGGGCAAUUUCCAUGGACAAGUGGACAAAUCGGGGCCGGGCGGAAUUAUGUCGUCGGUGAGCGAGACGGAGGAGCGACUCAAGGAGGAACAAGAGGACUGGCAGGUGUUUCAUCUUCUGUGCGGGGCCAACAGUAGCGCCAAUAUGGAAGCUGACGACAUGCCUCAUGACAUGGCAACCGCUUUGCGCAGCGAACUGGCUGCGCUUCAGUACAAAAAGGAACGGCUCCAGGCUGAGCUGCAAGAUGCACGUAACCAGUUGCGGGGACGUGAUCAGAGGACGCUGGAGCUACAGGCUGAGUGCGAAAACCUGAGGGAGCAGUCAGCGAGGCAAAGUGCCGUGAUCGGUUCGUUGAAAAAGCGGCAGAACGAGCUGGAGGAUCGUGAGCGGUGUCUCAAUGUCAACAGCGGCCGGAUCGAGGCCGACCUGCAGACAACCCAGCGCGACAAGCGAUACCUCGAGGAGAAGAUCAAAGAGCUCGAGAAGAGAAUCAGAUCUUUGGAGCUGGAAUGUAAUUCCGAGGAGCAGCAGAAGGAUAUUGCGAGAAAAUCGAUGCACGAUUUGGUGCGUCGCUUGUCGGUCGCCCUCGGAACCGAGUUCUGCGACUCGAUAGUUUCUUGUCCCGAGUCGUUGGUGCACAAAGCCUCGGAGCUUGUACAGGAAACUGCGCGCUUGAGGACACGAGCUGCUAACACUUGUGACAGCCUCACCUCCACCGAAGUUGAGCUGAGGACGUGCAGAGAUGCUCUUGAUAGAAGCUCGGCGGACAGGGACGCUCUGCAGAGACAAGUGGCCAGCAAUUUAAUAGAAAUCGAUCGACUGAGACAGGACAAGGAAACUCUGGACAUGCAACAUCGGGUUACGGAGCGCGAGUUGGCCGACCUCCGAGAGAAAAUUGCCGUGACCAGCAGGACCCUCGGAAACGCAACCGGAUCGUUGGCCGCACAGGAAGCGCAAAUGGCACAGCUCAGAGAGGAGGUAAAGAGUCGCGAGGAGAAGGCUUCAAGAAGCCAGUGUGAACUGAGGAGGGUGCUUGAGGGCCUCGCCGUCCAGCUCAGCUCGCCGGCGAGAUUCGUCGAGGCCCAGGAAGAAAGCAUUCGAGAGCGAAUCAGGGAAUUGCAACACGAGUGCAAAGAGAGGAGCAUUCAAACGGAGUCGUUGCGUGAGAAGGCCAACUUAAGCAGCCACCAACUGAGUCGUGCUCUAGAGCAGGGCGACGUGUCUACUUGCAGGGUGCACGUCCUGGAGGACGACAAGGCCAGUCUCGAGUCGCGGCUCUCCAAAGUGGAGGCGGAACUAACGUCGGCCGAGGUGGCCAGGGACGCGCUCCGGCGAGACAAAAGCAUCUACCUGGGCUUUUUGGAGAGACUUGGCCGCGCGUUGAAUAUGGAUGAAAUUUCAAAGGACGUCGGCGUGGACCUGCACACAGACAGUCUGCUCGCCAGGGCCGAGCAACUCGCCAGAUUGGAAAGCGACAAGUUGGUCGACAAGACGGCUGCCGUUUAUCAGCUGCAAAGACGCGUGCGAACGUUGAGGGAGCAACUGCAACGCCGGGAUUUGCAUCUGGACCUGCUGAGGCGGAAAAUCAACUUGCAGGAAGAUAACUCCCGGAUUAGAAACUUGUUAGAAGGCGAAAGAGAUGAAGCAAAUAUAAGGGUGAAGAAGAUGCUGAAGCAGAUUGACAGACUGCAACUCCAACUGGCUGAAUCCAGGGCGCAGGUCAGGGACCUCAAGAGUCAACUCGCUGAUGCAACAGAUUACAAGAUAUCUGCACUUGAACGUGGAAGGAAAAUUGAAGAGUUGGAGAAACGACUCUCGGAUUCGGAAUUGCUGAGGACGAGAUACAGCAGAAAAGUAGCCCUACUGAAGGAUCAGGUACGGAACGUGGGGCAAAGUGUUGUGGAGGAGCGAAGUGCUCACGGUCAUGACGUCCAAAUCCUGAGAGAGGACCUUGCAGCUGCCAAACAGAAUUUGGAUGAAACGCAAAAAAGAGAGAAUCAAUUGUUGAGCCUGAGAGCGACCGUGGGCCGCCUCCUGGGUGUCGACCCGGCACGCAGCCCUGUCCCUGACUACGACAUCGUGAGUCGUCUCCAAAAAUUGGUGCACGCACAACGGGAAUUCGCGAAUGUGUCGCGCCGAUACGAAGACCCCCUGCGACUCCUGCCGCCGAGUCCGAGGCGCUCGGCCACCCCCGGUGCCGCCGACCUGCUCCUCCGCACCCCCGACAGUCGUGCCCUCAGAUACGACGACUCGGGGUAUAUCGACCUGCCCGACCUGAGUCCCUUGAGCGAAUUGGACGACGUCAACGGCGUCUACAAUAAGAGGCCGCUCAUGAGACCCUCCACGUUUACAAAAACUGUGACGCAGUGCAUCAAAAAAUCACAGACUAACAGUCAGUCUGUGUAAAAAAAUAUUCUAGAUUGUGUAUCGGACAAAAAAAUAUUCCUGUUUGGUUAGCGAAAUAUUGCCAGGCCGGUAAAGAAUAAAAAAGAAUUUUCCUAUUUGAUAAAAACUAUUUGAAAAUUACAAAAUUUACAUAUAUUAACUUUUCGGUCCAUUAAUUCUAAUUAUUUUUGAACAAUCCAAUAUUGAAAAUAACAUCAAAAUAUAACUGAUAAAAAUUACGAUAGUAAUUAGUUGAACCCCCGUCUGCCCCGUCUAUUUAUUAUUAUUAACUACAAAAGUGAAAAACUUAUUUCUUUGUUGAAAUUCUUUUAAUUUUAUAAUCUUAUUCCAUCUGGUUUCAUUUAUUCACAAUCAAAUAACUUGCGCCUGACCUUUUUUAUAAAAUAGUAUGUAAUAAUUUGAAUGUUUUAUGCCGCAGAAGAAAGAAACAACUAAUUAUAAUUUUUUUUAUAUAUAUAAGAUAUGAAACAUAAAAUUUUAAAUUAGACCAUGCUAUACCAAGGCCUAUUUAUUUUUAAAGAAUUACUUCCAGGUUUGAAACUAUGUAAAAGAAAUUUCAAUUUAUACCAUGACAUAAAAUAAAAGGAUGUAAUUUUUCAAUUAAGCGAUUUAAGCUAUAAUUAAUUUCUCAUAAUAUCUGUAUGCUUUCAUACAGUGUGUAAUAUUAAUUUAAUACCAAAGCAAUCAACAAUUCCCUUUAUGGCCUUUAUUGUGAUUACUGUUUAUGAUUGUUAAUCAGCAUUUCAAUACAACGAGAACCAGAGUCAAAUUAAAAAAUUCACUUCCAUCAACUCGUCGGUAAUUGAUGUCAUUUUAACCAAAGAAUAAAAUAAUGCAAAUUGCACACUGCCUGUUAAUGUAUGUGAAAUAGAUGAAUGUUGUUGUCUCUCAUCUCUUCAUUAUUGCAUCGAGUGGUAACUAGAGCGCACACACAUUAAUCGCGAGGGCAUGUAUGCUCGCCUCAUUGCUGAUAUGUUAUGAAUGCAAUUAACUGCAAACUCGGCAGAUUUUCCUCACGGGUGAAAAUUAAUGCACUCUGCUCUCUUCCGUAUGCAUAAUAUUCUGUUCGUUUGAGAGAGCAGCGCGCAUAUAUUGAGCUCGUUUAAGUGCUCAGCUCACGUUUGCUGUUGGUGCCUGACAAUGAGAUAAAUAUAAUUAGUGAUGAGAAAUGUUUAAUUAAUUACGAAGUUAAUUGCGAUGCUUUGUGCUAUUCUUGGCAUCAAAAACUUUGUAAUUCUAUUGUAAAGUGUAAUGAAUUAUCAUAUAUAUUAUAUUAAUAAGGUUGAGUUUCAUAAAAUAUUGACUCUCUUAUAAUCGGAGGAGUUUUAGAAUUUUGUUUAGAAUUUACACGACAUAAAGUUAAACUUCUGAUUUUCAAGAAUAUUCUGUUGUGUUAAAGUAAUACGAGCUAUUAUGUUUCCUGCGUUUAAUAAAAAUGUUGAUGUUUCAUUUGAGAUGAAAUGUAAAAACGUUUUGCAUUAUCGUGGAUCAAAAUGUGAUGGGACUCAAUGUAUGGUGAUUAAUAAAUCAUG